CUCUUAAAACGCUCAUCUCUCUCUAUCUCUCUCCCAUGUAACCAUUAUCUCUCUCCUCUCUAUCUCCAUCUCUCUCUUAUGUAACAAUUAUCUCUCUCCUUUCUCUCUUACUAUCUCUCUCUCAUAUAUAUAUAUAAAAGUCAGGUCCUGCUUCCUCUCUGCUUGCUAUCAUCUCUUCUUCUCUACAGGCAAAAACCUCAACAUGGGUCAAAAAGUGGUUCUUCUGGUCUGUCUGAUACUAUGGGCUUCGCUCGCUUCCCUAGCCCUGGCUUCUUCCGGUAAUGGCCUGGUUAGAAUUGGCUUGAAGAAGAAGAGUUUGGACCCCAAUAGUUUGCUUGCUUCUCGCAUAGCAGCAGGAGAUGGCAAGGCUUCAAAAACUCAACCUCGCAAAUUUUGUGGCCUUAGGGGCAACACGCUCAACUCUGAUGAAGACAUUAUUUCUCUCAAGAAUUACAUGGAUGCUCAGUACUAUGGAGAAAUCGGAGUUGGGUCACCUCCCCAAACCUUCACUGUGAUUUUUGACACAGGAAGUUCUAAUUUGUGGGUUCCUUCAUCGAAGUGCUAUUUCUCGGUGGCUUGCUAUUUUCAUUCCAAAUACAAGGCUUCCAAAUCAAGUUCUUAUAAGGAGAAUGGAAAAUCCUGUGAGAUACACUAUGGGACUGGGUCAGUUUCUGGCUACUUGAGCCAGGACCAUGUUCAAGUUGGUGAUCUUGUCGUGAAAGAUCAGGUUUUCAUUGAAGCUACAAAAGAACCGAGUAUUACCUUUUUGGUAGCCAAGUUUGAUGGAAUACUUGGACUUGGAUUUCAGUCGAUCUCUGUCGGGAAUGUUGUACCCGUAUGGUAUAACAUGGUUAAAAAAGGGCUUGUGAAAGAACCCAUCUUCUCUUUCUGGUUUAACCGAAAUGCCCAGGAUGAAGAGGGUGGAGAGAUUGUGUUUGGAGGUGUUGAUCCUAACCACUUCAUAGGAGAGCACACCUAUGUUCCUGUGACACAAAAAGGCUACUGGCAGUUUGACAUGGGUGAUUUUCUCAUUGGUGGCAAAUCAACUGGUUUCUGUGCCAACGGUUGUGCAGCAAUUGCAGACACUGGAACUUCCUUGAUUGCCGGACCAACUCCUAUUAUCACGGAAAUCAACCAUAAAAUUGGAGCAGCUGGAGUUGUCAGCCAGGAGUGCAAAGCUGUGGUUCAACAGUAUGGAGACAAGAUAAUGCAACUGUUAUUGGCGGAGGCGCAACCUCAGAAGAUCUGCUCCCAGAUUGGUUUAUGUGAAUUUGAUGGCUCUCACAGUGUUGGCAUGGGCAUUGAGAGUGUGGUUGAUAUGAAGAAUGGAGGGAAGUCAUCACUGAAGACUGAUUCUAUGUGCUCUGCUUGUGAGAUGGCUGUUGUCUGGAUCCAGAAUCAGCUUAAGCAGAACAUGACACAGGAUCGUAUAAUGAAUUAUAUCAACGAGCUCUGUGAGCGGUUACCUAGUCCCAUGGGUCAGUCAGCUGUUGACUGUAAUAAGCUGUCGUCUAUGCCAAAUGUUGCCUUCACUAUUGGUGGUAAAGCUUUUGAGCUUACACCACAGCAGUAUAUCCUCAAGGUGGGUGAGGGUGCUGCUGCUCAAUGCAUUAGUGGAUUCUCGGCCUUGGAUGUGGCCCCUCCUCGUGGUCCUCUCUGGAUUCUUGGAGAUGUUGUCCUGGGGGUUUACCACACCGUGUUCGACUACGGCAACUUGCGAGUCGGAUUUGCAAAAGCUGCCUAAACGAGAAUCCCACAAACAAAACCGUUUGCUUCUUCUAGUUAAUCAAUAGAUUAAUCACGGUCUUUAAUGUUAUGAUGUGUAUAUGUGUAUGUCCACACAGAUGAUAUGCUUGAUGCUUCUAAAAUGAAACCAUGUUUCUUGAUAAAC